GUACAGAUCGAGAACUGGGGGAAAAAGGUACAAUUCUAAAAAGAGCCCUGAAAAGGUGUUCUCGAUCAUACCACCAUCUCUUAAAACUCGAAAACAAAUCAACUCUCAAGCAUCUUCACGCAAAAUGGCUCAUUGGAAGGAUAACCUCUUGCUCAAAGUGAUCAACAUCGUCACUUUCUUGCUCUUCACAGGUGCAAACAGUUAUGGAGCUUUACCUCCUUUCUUUGAACCACAACAUUACACCUACUUAUCACCUGAGCCAUGGAUUUAUGGUACUUGGGGUAUCAUCCAUACGCUUUUGAUCGGUUUAUUGUUCUAUCAAUUCACCGAGAUUGGUUAUCAUACCAUCAUCGAAGGCGUUGGAUGGCGUUUCCCUUUGUUGGCAAUCUUGACGGCAGUUUAUGGUGGUCUUUCAAACUCAAGCAGCAAUGAUCACACAUUCAGCUUCGUCUUGAGCAUCUUGGCAUUCGUUACUAUCUUAUUUGUUGGUGCAACUGUGAGCCACAUUUACCGAUCAAUCAAGAUUCAUCACCCACCAAAGACUUUGUUGGAUACAGUCUUUGUUCAUAUCCCUUUCAGCUUGUUCCAUGGAUUCUCUGUGGUACUCAUUUUCGUUGCAGGAUUUGCCGCUUUUGGCGUUGAUGCAAGCUCUCACCCGGCUGGUUUAUUCACAAAAGCAUUCGUCUUUAUCGCUUUACUCUUGCUCGAAGGUACAGCAGCAGCUUACGUUUUCGCAGGUCGUGGUGACGUUGUCGGUGCUGCAGUGAUCAGUUUGUCACUUUUGGCAAUCUUCCAACGUCAAUCAAUCGGACGUUCAGGCCAUUUCAUUCACUACUCUGCUUUGGCAUUCUUUAUCAUCUCUUUGAUCGCCGUCUUACGUGCAACGAUUGCCGCAUUGUCUGGCUCUUCUCGUAUCACCGGCGCUCGUGCAACAGACGAAGAACGUGCUCCUUUGGUCGGUUAAAACAAAGGCUUCUUUUUCAAAUGCAUCACUGCUUCGCCACAUGCCCCUUUUCCCCCUCAUAUCAAAGUUUAUAAAUCA